CAAACAAACAAUACUAAGUGAAUCUAAGAAGACUUCAGUUUAACUUUUAUUUGUUUAUCUGCUUGCAGAAGAUUGUCGUUUGAAGGUCGAAUAUUGGAUACUCUUAAAUUUCACUUCUGUUGACUUAUGAGGGUUUAUGCAAUGCUAUGACACUCAAGAAGAUUUUGAAUUCAAUAAUCCUCUUGUUGGCUUUCUAUAUCAAUGCGUGUCCAUCGUUUGGUAAUAACAGCACUAAUAAUAAUGUUUGCAUUGAGUACCGUAAAAACGUGUCGGUAUACGUUAAGAAUAUAAUAUACAAUAUGUCAACGAAAACCGCGCCCGUUUCCUUCUGUGGUUGGUGUAGUGAGACUGUAUAUAAAUUGAAGAAAGUUUUAGAGGAGCAAGAGGCUUACAAUCCAGAUGGGAAGGCAUGUGUUGAUCUCCUGGCGAACACAGAAAGAGGUACAAUAGAUUCUAUUGACUUCAUUUUCGAUAAAUGGAAUCGUUCCUUCUGCUCCCAUUGUCUUGAGGAAUUUUCUUCCGAUCAAAACACUAGUCUAUCAACGGAUUCUUUCAAUAACAUAGAAUGGUCUAGAAGUCUUUUACACACGGAUUCUCUAUACAACUUGCAAGUCUACAGUAAAAACGUGCGUACAUUCUUCGAAAAGCUUGAUGAUGCUUUAAAUUGUUUCAUGCAGUUCAUCAAUAAUCCCAACAUCUCCAUUCUCAAUGUAUUAAAUUUCCCUUCGUCCAGCACAUUAAAUAUCAGUCCGACGGUUUGUCAAAAUUGUUCAGCAGUGUAUUAUAGCCUCCUAGAUUAUUACACCAAUAAUCUUCUAAGAUAUAACUCCCUAGAAGGAGAGCAUCGGAAUUUCCUCUUGAAAGAACAUUCUAGUCAUCGUUUUGCUGUAUGUUUGGACGUACAAAAUGCCAUAAAUCGCACACAAUGGGCUUGGUACAACUUAUUUCGGUGCAGAACGGAGGAAGUUAGUCAUAUUGGCUUCUUCUUACCAUUAAUAGUUUGUGUCACAUUCCUCAUAAUUUUCCAUUGCCUUGCCCAAUCAUUAUGUCGUUAUCCCGUCCAUCUACUAGUAUACAGGCCAAAACGUGUUGAACCUGCUGUUAAAUAUCAACGAAUUCUUAGCACAGCUUCAAUUUCGCGUGGGCAAAUGUCAUUAGUGAGAUCUUAUGGAAGCAUUGGAUCUAUGGAAGAUAACACAAUAGAUUCUAACCUAAUUGCAAAGGCAUACUCACAACCUGAUUCACUAUUUGAUAAUCGCACAGUAGUAAUCCGAACAACAGAAUCCAGAAACUAACAAAAUAUUACUUAUUAGAUUAAUCAAGCUAAGUGUCUUUCACACGAUGAUUUCAUAUUUGUCUAUAUUUUUGCAAAAUCGGAAACAUAAUCCAUUUAGCUUUUAUUGUUUGGCAUCUUAAUUAUUCUAUUCUAUGAGUAAUACUGUCUUUCUUGAUAACUGAAGAUUUUCUUUCUACGUGAUUUAUCACCUCGUUUCAAUAAAAUGCUGUAUAAGAAAAACUACUUUAUUUCGUGUUAAAUAAAGAAACGCAAUAUGUUCUAUGUACCAAAUCACAUCCACAAUGCGGCCACACACGAAAAGCAGUGAAUGAGCUGGUUUUCCCUUACACUUGUACAUUAUAUUAUUAGCAUAGUUUUCAUCAGAUAGCAAACCAGUUAGGGCCAUAUAAAAACAUCCCGAUGUCACAGUGAUAAAGAUAGUUUCACUCUGUAAAAGAGCUUUCUUAAAUGUCGAUUCUAGCUCAACGUCCUUUUCACAAUCAGAGUAAAUUUUUACAUUUUCAACUGUUGUGCGAUUUGUACGUCAGGACACAUUGUAAAAUAAAAUAACUUAAAAUUUGGAUUUGUUGCAUUCAAAUAUCCUCUUGACAAACAUUAAUAAUGAAUCUUUAUAUUCUCUCUGCAAGACGAAACCCUAUUGUAUAAGCGAUGGUGGUUGACUACUAUUGAUAUAGACGAGAAAUGAUGAGAUAAACCUACUUGGUUUAAUUUGUAUAUGUUCAUCGGAUUAAUUGCGUCAAUGAAUAACAGUAGCAUAAGUAAAAUGACAGUCUUUGGACACAUGUAUUUCAUCAUCCAUAUAUAAGAGACACAAGGCAAAACCUGCCUACUCAAAAUACUAUU